AUGGAGAGACUGUAUACCAACGCCACGAUCAUCACGGUCGAUUCUGAGCGACGGGUCUUUCGUGAUGGUGCUAUCCUGGUAUCUGGCAGUCGGGUAUCCGCCGUCGACACUUCUUCCAAGCUGAAUGCUUCCACAGAUCUAAGCAUUCAACGUGUCGAUCUAGGCAAGAAGAUCGUCAUUCCCGGUCUCAUAAAUGGCCACAUCCACCUCAUUCAGUCGUUGAUGAAAGGUCUGGCCGAAGACUUGAAUCUUCAUGAAUGGGCAUCCUGUGCAAUCUGGCCAUUGGAAGUUGCUUACGAGGGAGACGACGGUUACGUUGCAGCGAAGCUAGCGAUGGCAGAUAUGAUGAAGAGCGGCACCACGUGCUUUCUCGAGCCUAUGCUUCCAGCCUCGGCAGGGUUUGCGGGAGUUGCAAAGGCCGUUGGCGAGACUGGUAUCCGGGGUUGUCUGGGCAAGCUUGUCAAAGGUCCAAAAUCAACUCCCUCUGCUGGCAUCCGGGACGACAGGGAUCGACAAUCACAUUUGAUGACUAUCGAUACGGCAUUAGAGGCACACAAGGAUUUCCACGGAUCCUACGAUGACCGAUUGCACGUCUGGAUGGCGACAGAGACACCACGCGGGCAGGAUGAGUCGGGAUUUGCUGCCAUCGGGAAAGCAUGUCUCGAUAACGACAUUCGAUUGACGGUGCACUGCUCCGAAGCUCCUAAGGACUUUGAAAUGCUGCGCGAUGCAUAUGAUGCUACCCCGGCUCAGUUCUGCGAGAGGAUACAUGCUACUGGUCCACACGUCGUGCUCGGGCACAUGACGCAUCUUGCUCUUGAUACCGAUCUGAAGAUCUUGAAGGAGUCAGGUACAAACGUGGCACAUAACCCAACGAGUAACGCCAAACUUGCCGACGGAACCGCACCUGUGCCGCAGAUGCUUGAGGCGGGCAUCAACGUGUGCAUCGGAACGGAUGGCGCUCCGUGUAACAACAACCAUGACUUGUUUCGGGAUAUGCAUUUGGCGAGUGUCAUACACAAGGCUACUACCAAUGAUGCCAGUGUUCUCUCCUCGGAACAAGUCCUCGAGAUGGCGACUAUCAAUGCUGCAAAGGCGCUAGGCUUGGAUAAGGAUCUGGGGAGCUUGGAGGUGGGCAAGAAGGCUGACUUCGUGGUCAUUGAUCCUACUGGCAUUCAUGCAGCGCCUUAUGAUCCUUUUCAAGUGGGUGAAGGAGGCAUACAUCCGUCGACGCUGCUGGUUCAUUCCUGCUCGGGAAGAGAUGUCGUAAUAGUCGUUAUCGACGGCGAAGUUGUCGUCAAGGACGGUCAGUUGACCAAGGUGGACGAGGAGGAGAUCAAGGCGGCUGCACGAGAAGCCAUCAAAGGGAUCCGCAAGCGUUCAGGUGUCAGUGCACAACCUAUGAAGAAUAAGUGGCAGUAUAUAUAGACGUUAAGACUCUAAAAUGCAUAUGCUCUGGUUUCUGAU